AAGGCAGGAUUGUCGGUCUUUCAUCAGCUGCACUGUCUCGGCACUCUGAGAAAUUUCAUCUGGGACUUGAUGUACGACCGAGUAGACAAGGAAAAGCUCUUGCGUAGCUGGCCAAAAGAUGUGACCACUCCGACCUACGAUGAAGCCAUCCACGGCAUGUGGCACAUAGCUCAUUGCAUGGAUUAUCUUCGUCAAGGUCUACAGUGUUCUGCAGAUCUGUCACUGGAGUUUGUGCGAGAGUUUUCUGGACCAGCUGUCGUCGAUGGGCUCAACUACCCCCAUGUCUGCGCAAACUGGGAUGAGGUUUGGACGUACGCGAAGAAGUAC